GAAGCCAGCCCGGCCGCUUCUGCGCAUGCUCUCUUCCGAGGCGCUCGCCUAGCGCUGAUGCGCACGCGCACCACCCCUCUGGGAGCCAGGGAGCUGAUACUUUUUGCUCUUCCCCAGCUUGGGAAAACAAGCUCGGUCACUUCUGCGCAUGCCCGUCCUGGGUUCUAAGGGGCUGGCCGAUCACCACGCUUCUCCUCAAAUUCAUGUGCUUAUUGGUCCCUGCGGGAGUGAAGGGCCGACGGCUGAGGAUUCUCAGUGUCCUCAAAGGUAAAAGCAUUGAGUAAAGUCAUGGCCUUUGCCUUCCUGCCUCCUGUGGCUCACCAGGACUUGGUGACCUUCAAGGACGUGGCCGUGGACUUCACCCCGGAGGAGUGGGGGCAGCUGGUCCCCUCCCAGAAGGAACUGUACCGGGACGUGAUGCUGGAGAACUACCAGAACCUGGUCUGGCUGGGACUUGCAGUUUCCAAACCAGAUGUGAUUUACCAGUUGGAGCAAGUAGGAGGCACUUGGGUACCUGAGGGGGAGACCCUGACAGUCAGCUGCUCAGAUUUUGUGACUAGACUUGAAACCAAGCUGACCAUUCCAGAGCUGGACAUUUCUUUGGAAGUCUCAACCCAGGAAAAAUUUUCAAGGGACAGUCCUUGUGUCUUCAAAUUGGGAGAAGCCUUGAAAUAUGAUGGCUGGCUGGGAAGGCAGCAGAAUGAGGAGAAACCUUAUGAAUGUAAUGAAUGUAUGAAUGUAAAGUCCUUCCACCAGAGCACACGGCUUCCUUGGCCACAGAAAAUUCUUAGCGGAGAGAAACCUUUUGUGUGUAAGGACUGUGGGAAAGCUUUCCGCCAUCGCCCGGCUCUUUCACAACAUUGGAAGAUUCAUACUGGAGAGAAACCUUAUAAAUGUGUAGAAUGUGGGAAGGCCUUCCACCAAAGGGCAGGACUGAAUCAACAUCAGAAAACUCAUACCAGAGAGAAACCUUACAUCUGUAAGGAGUGUGGGAAAGCCUUUCACCAGAGCACAGCUCUCACUCUGCAUCAGAGAGUUCAUACUGGAGAGAAACCUUACGAAUGUACGGAGUGUGGCAAGGCCUUCCACCAACGAACGGGACUCAAUCAACAUCAGAAAAUUCAUACCGGAGAGAAAACCUACGUAUGUGGUGAAUGUGGGAAAGCCUUCCACCAGAGCCCUACUCUUACUCGACAUCGGAGGAUUCACACUGGAGAAAAACCUCAUGUGUGCAAGGUGUGUGGGAAGGCCUUCCACCAGAGCACAGCACUUACUCAACACCAGAGGAUUCACACUGGAGAGAGACCUUAUGAAUGUACAAAAUGUGGGAAAUCCUUCAACUGCAACUCAUACCUUAUUUCCCAUUACAGAAUUCAUAUCGACGACAGACCGUACGAAUGUAAGGAGUGCGGGAAGGCUUUCCGCCGGAGCACACAGCUCACGAGACAUCGGCGAAUCCACACGGGUGAGAAGCCUUAUGAAUGUAAUGAAUGUGGAAAGGCCUUCUACAGGCGGUCAGGACUUACCGGACAUCAGAAGAUUCAUACUCGAGAAAAACCUUAUGGAAUCAAAUGACUAUAGCAUUGCCCUGAAAACCAAGCACUUACUUGAACAGACACUGAGGAGACAUAUUAUAAAUGUAAUGAAUGUGGAAAUGCCUUUUGCCAGAUUAUAAGACUUGUUUGACAUCUGAGGAUUUUGAUUGGGCCUAAAGAAUGUCAUGUUUCUGGCAAAGCCUUCUUUAAAAGUAAAUAACUUAGCACCAAAGGAAUCACACUGGGAAGAAACUUUAUGAAUGCAAAGUCUUCUGAAGUAAUGCAUGCGUGAAAAAGUAUUUCACUUUGCUGAAAGACUUAGAAUCAGAUUAAAAAAGGACUCUAUAGAGAAAGAAAACUCCAAGUUUCCCACAUCUUUUUCAUAACUUUUUUUAAAAUGGAAGACUAUAACACUAUUUAUUGACUGUUUACCAGUAUUUGCAAUAAACUACACAACAUAUAAUUACAUAACAUUAAAGUGACUGAAAAUUAUUGCCUUUAUUUUUAGUGAACUAAGUGAUCCAAAUGGUAAAAAGUCUGAUUAUCUAUGUUUGAGGUUGGGAUAAAGAAAGAAAAAGUUACAUCAGUAGUACAGAAGAAUAGCUGGUGUCUUUACUUAGCCAUAAAGAAAUUAUAAUAUACUCUUUUUUUUCUCAAAUGCCGGCCUUUAUCAGCAUAAUAUUACAGUUCUAACCAAUAGCAACAUUACUACAUGAUUAAGAAUAGUCUUGGGUAGGAGGAGACGUGUUGUUGAUCAAUUGUUUCAAUCAUAUCUGAUCCUUCAUGAUCCCAUUUGGGGU